AUGCAUGACCUUGGGUGUCGGUGGAGAGAUGAUGAAAGAAAUUACAAAAAUAUCCCUACAUCCCCUAACGAAGAUGUCAUUUAUAAAAGAGUUCGACAUGGUGGAAGGGAUUCAGGAAAGAAGCUGAUUGCAAAUAGGCUGGCAUUAAGCUUUUCAGAUGAACUGCAUAUGUUUAAAAGUAAACAGAAAAUUUAUGAAUUUCGUCAAGCUGAUAAGAGCAUCAGCAAUAGUACCUCAUUUUCACCAUCUCAAGAAAUUUCUCCUACUGGCCAAUCCGAAAUUUCUAAUAUACAUAGGAGUGAUUUUAUGCAUCUUUCAAUACUGGCAGAAGACCAGAAAGCACACAGGGAAAGUCCUUACAAAUGUAAUGAGUAUGACAAAACCUCUCCUAAGGGCUCAAACCUCAGUAGAUAUCAGAGAAUCCACACAGGAGAGAAAUUGCUGUGUGGAUGUGAUGUGUGUGGCAAGGUCUUUCGUCGAAAUUCAGACCUUGUAAGUCAUAAGAGGGUUCAUACUGGAGAGAAACCUUAUAAAUGUAAUGAGUGUGGCAAGAGGUUUAGUCAAAAUUCACAUCUUACGAGUCAUCAGAGAAUUCAUACCGGAGAGAUGCCUUAUAAAUGUAAUUUGUGUGGGAGGACCAUUUAUUCUAUCUCAGGCCUCAGGAGGCAUAUGAUAAUCCAUAGAGAAGCUAAACAAUAUCAAUGUGAUGUAUGUGGCAAAGUCUUUCAUCAAAAUGCAGUCCUUGUAGUUCAUCAGAGAAUUCAUACUGGAGAGAAACCUUACAAAUGUGGUGAAUGUGGCAAUGUCUUUAGUCAAAAAACACACCUUACAAGUCAUCUGGUAACUCAUACUGGAGAGAAACCUCACAAAUGUAAUGAGUGUGGCAAGUUUUUUCGGGAUAAGAGAACCUUUACAAGGCAUCAACAAAUUCAUGCUGCAGUGAAACCUCACAAAUGUAAUGAGUGUGGCAAGUUUUUUCGGGAUAAGAGAACCUUUACAAGGCAUCAACAAAUUCAUACUGCAGUGAAACCUUACAGAUGUAAUGAGUGUGGGAAGUUCUUUCGUGAGAAGCCAACCCUUAGAAGGCAUCAGCAAGUUCACACUGGAGAAAAACCUUACAAAUGUAAUGAGUGUGGCAGAGUCUUUAGUCAAAAUUCAAACCUUGCACGUCAUCAGAGAAUUCAUAAUGGUGAGAAACCUUACAAAUGUAAUCAGUGUGGCAAGCUCUUUAAUCGAAAAGGAAACCUUGCAGUUCAUCAGAGAAUUCAUACUGGGGAGAAACCUUACAAAUGUGGUGAGUGUGGCAAAGUUUUUAGUAAAAAUUCAAACCUUGUGUGUCAUCAGAGAAUUCAUACUGGGGAGAAACCUUACAAAUGUAACGAGUGUGGCAAAGUCUUUCGUUACAAACAGCGUCUUCAAAUUCAUCACAGACUACAUAAUGGAUAGAAACCUUGCAAACGUAUUGAGUGUGGAAAAGCCUUUACUCAGGUCUCAACCCUUGCUACACAUCAGAAAAUCCAUACUUAAGAAAACCCAUAUAGGGCUUCCCUGAUAAUCUAUAAUGGAAAGAAACCUUGCAAGUAUAAUGACUGUCUGCAUGUGUUUAGUCAAAAUUCAUACCUUAUAAUCUGCCCAAGAAUUCAUACUGGAGAGAAACCUUGCAAAUGUAACGAGUGUGGCAGAUUCUUCAGUGUGCUUUUAAGCCUAACUGGACAUGAGAACUGCAACAUAACUUCAGCGGAAGUGCAAGGAUAG